AAGGAAACAUCUGCAGCGAGCGGACAAGUCCACGACGAGUGUCAUGCCGUGGCCCUGACCGACGUCUUCUCGUGCCUGAAAAUCGCCCUCGGGUGACAUCCUUGCCUUCGAAAUCUUCUACGCCCUUGUCCAAAACAACCCCUACUUCAUUCUAUCAUUUCCCCUUUUAUCAGUACUUUCUCCUGUUAUAACACUUUUCGCAUCGAGUACCAAUUUCGUCGAGUUUUCAUUUAAAAAAAGAACUUUUUCUGCUUUGUCAAAAAUUCCACAAUGUUACAGUCUUACGUUGAAGACUAUUUGCCUUAUCUGGGAGGCGCAGCAGGUGCUCUUGUUCUUGCGGGAGUUGCCGCAUAUUACACCUCGAGACCGAGUCCGGAAACACCGUUGAUGCCUCUUGACUCCCAAUCAAGACUUCUUCCGGGUGCUGAGCUGAUUAGGGUUUCCAAAUUUUACAAGGAUAGCAAGCAAGGUAAAUUCGUUAGCUACAUUCACGAAGACACAAGAACCCUUUAUGAAGCUUUUCGCAAGGGCGCCAAAGAGUCCAACAAUGGACCGUGUCUCGGAUGGCGGGAGAACCCCAGCAAGCCCUAUCAAUGGAUUCAUUACAACGAAACACUUCUUAGGGCGAAGAACUUCGGUUCAGGCCUCGUGUGUUGUGGAUUGUCACCUGGACCACAAACUCUAGUGGGACUUUACAGCCAAAAUUGUCCAGAAUGGAUCCUUACAGAGCAGGCCUGCUACACCUAUUCCCUUGUUGUCGUUCCACUUUACGAUACAUUAGGACCCGAUGCCUGUGCCUACAUUAUCAACCAGGCUGAUAUUAGUUUGGUCGUCUGUGAGGACGACAAGAAAUGUAAUCUUCUCCUAGACAAAGCACCGAGAUGCUUAAGAAAAUUAAUCGUUAUAAAAGAAACAAGGCCUGCGACGAACCAACGGGCGAAAAACAGAGGAGUCGAGCUCUUGAGGUUCGACGACGUUGAACGAUUAGGGGCUCAAAGGAACCACCCUGAAGUGCCACCAAAACCACUAGAUCUGUGCACGAUAUGCUACACAUCCGGUACAACGGGAAACCCCAAGGGAGUAAUGUUGACUCAUCAAAAUGUUAUGGCAGGUGUCUGUGCUGUGAUUCUUCAGUUAGGAGAUCAUAAACCUGCGUCUUCGGAUACUAUGAUCAGUUUUCUACCUCUUGCACACAUGUUGGAAAGGUGUUGUGAAAAUGGGAUGUACAUGGUUGGUGGAGCAGUAGGAUUUUAUAGUGGUGAUAUAAAAAGGCUCUCAGACGACAUGAAAGCUCUGAGGCCCACUGUUAUGCCAGCCGUUCCCAGAUUACUAAAUCGCCUUUACGACAAGGUGCAAGCUGAACUUCAAAGUUCUUGCUUGAAGAGGAUGCUCUUCAACAUGGGAUUGCGAGCAAAAGAGGGUGAAAUCAAAAAGUGUAUAAUAAGAAAGAACAGUAUGUGGGACAAGCUCGUUUUCAAAAAAAUUCAAGAUGGUAUGGGAGGUAGAUUAAGACUCAUGGUUGUUGGUUCUGCACCCUUAGCAGGAAAUGUUCUCACAUUUGCAAGGUGUGCCCUAGGAUGUCUCAUAGUCGAAGGCUAUGGCCAAACCGAAUGCUGUGCUCCCAUUACUCUCACAAUUCAGGGUGACCAUGUGCCUGAACACGUGGGACCUCCAGUGGCAUGUUGCUGUGUCAAAUUAGUCGACGUACCCGAAAUGGAAUACUACGCUACCAAUAAUCAAGGAGAAGUCUGCGUUAAAGGUACAAAUGUCUUCAUGGGAUACUUUAAAGAUCCUGAUAAAACGACACAAGUUCUCGACCCAAUGGGAUGGCAUCAUACCGGAGACGUUGGAAUGUGGUUACCGAACGGAACGCUGAAGAUAAUCGAUAGGAAGAAACAUAUCUUCAAACUAUCGCAGGGCGAGUACAUCGUCCCGGAAAAAAUAGAAAACAUUUACAUUCGCAGCCAGUACGUCCACCAGGUCUUUGUCCAUGGGGAGUCGCUCAAGUCCUGUGUAGUUGCAGUUGUUGUUCCUGACGUAGACGUUGUUAAAUGCUGGGCCCUAGAGAACAAAAUCCCUGGAACGCUUAGUGUUCUCUGCGCAAACCCGGAAGUUAAAAGGUUAAUUCUCGACGAUAUGCACACGUGGGGAAAAGAAGCCGGCCUUAAAUCGUUCGAACAGGUAAAGGACAUUUACCUCCAUCCAGAUCCAUUCUCAGUGCAAAAUGGACUCUUGACGCCGACAUUAAAAACGAAGCGGCCUCAGUUGAAAGCGUACUUCAAGCCGCAAUUAGAGGAUCUCUAUCAACAUCUAGACUGACCGGGUUGAGCAUCUGGCCCAAAUAAUUUUUAUCCGCACCAAUACAGCAAUAAUGUCGCCACAUUCGCCAAUUUUAUCACGUCGUCUUUCCCGAAAAGAGUCGCAUCUUUCAUCAAGUACUCGCUGUUGCUCGAUCUUCGAGAUAUACCUUUUAUUAUAUAUCAUUUUCACUGAUACAUAGUGUCAAAGAAGAACAGAGAAAAUGCCGUUAGGCAUCUGAUAAUAACGUGAUAGAUAAUAAAAUCGAGAUAUUGUUAAGCUUGCCUAUUUCUUUACAAUUAUAUUAUAUUAUAUAUAAAGUAAUCAUCACUUCUUGCCGACCUCUUAUUUACAAUUAUUGCCCUUCUUGUCCACUCACGUGUCAGUUAUGUACAAACAAGUGAAAUCUCUCUUUCCACUCAAGUAUUUCCAAAUUAUAAACUGCGUUUGAAAAUGUAGUUUCAAAUAGUGAAGUGCAUUAGAGGAAUAAAUAGCGAAACGAUAAUGUAUUUACUGCGAGAGGUGAUUAAAUUUUAUAUGAAAAACUGACACUGUUGAAUAAAAAAUACAAAAAUAAACAUCAAGACUA